GAAUAGAUUUAUCAGUUAUGUUUUACAAACUCUAAAAAGAAGAAUGAAAAUCCUUCUUGAAACUGUGCUUCUUCCCCUCGUGGUUUUUAUGAAUUCUAGCGAUGGAAGUGAUCAGCUACCACAUGGAGAUCAAAGAGCAAAGGAGUGGCGUAAAAGACGGGAUUUUCAAAUAUCAGAUCACGCUGCGAUUCAAGGACGAUUCGGAGGCUCUGCUCAACCAAUUUAUAGUGAUCCACAUGCAGAUACACGAGGACCACGAGCACGACUCGAACACGAUUUAUCAGGGCUACCAAUGCAAACACAUUACAGGUUUAUGCCUACACCACCACCACCACCAGGAUUCAUUAACGCUUCAGAAGACCUGCCAAAGCAAACAACACAGACGCCUUCCAAUUCAGCUGAUAAUCCUGAAUCGAGUUCAGGCUCUAAGAUCAAGCGUGCACCAGGGCGUCCGCGUGGAACCGGCGGCGGAAAAGGGAGUGGUCGCGGUGGUUCGCUUCCUCGCAAGAACGUGCGCCCGAAAUUUAUGCCGACAGAACGUCCCCUCUUGCAUCUGACAGGCCCUCCUAAUAAGACAGUCGAUUUUAUGAAGAAUGACGUUUCUUUAUGGCUGGAUGAAAAUGGAAAUGUAUUGCAAGCAGACUUUAAACGCAAUACUCUUCCUUAUAACGGUUUUUUUUAUCGAUAUAAUAAUUUUUUAGUCCGUCUUCAGUUAAUAGAUAACCAUUCAACGGUUAUAUAUGUAAGGCAGAAUACUUCACUUAUGGCAGUCCGAGCACCAAAUCCAUCUUCUGACUACGUUAUGGAACCUUAUGAACACCUGUGGUUCAUCAGUUUUUUUUGGAAAUUCUUCAAAGUAGAUGUAGAUCCAGCAACAAAAAAGCCGUUCAACAUUGAGCUCGCAAAUGGAAAUAAAAUUGAACCUGGACAUAAACCUGAUAAGAUUAUUUUUCCUGAUAUUACUUUUUAUAUGUUCAGAGCGCAGCCGCCUACGUUAGAAAUUACAGGAGCUUCACUUUACCCGACUAUACCCCCUCCUCAUUAAUUUUUUACAAUUUCUAUCUACAAUUUCCAGCACUCCUAGAACUUUCUAGAAUUCUAAAAUUCUUAGAAUUUCAUGAAUUCUCAUAAUUCUCUAGGUUUCCUUAAUAAACUGAAUCUCUCUAAAUUCCCAAAAAAUCUCUACAUUCUCAGGCAUUCUUUACAUAUGUUAAGUUCCUUCAAUUUUUAAAAUUUUCGAAAUUUCUGAAAAUCGUUUAAUACUUACAAUUCCUUA